UCCCCAUUUCCGGUGCUCUUCGCCUGUACUUCCGUCGCAGCCUCUGCCAUGGUAACAGCGUCACUCGCCGGCUGACUGAAGUAGUGGCGAACGCCCGAGCCCGCUGGCGGAGGCUCCGUCUGUGAAGGAUGUUGGUCCAAUUGUGUUGGUACUUUUACUGUACAUGUCUAUGGCGUUUUCUCAAGUUUGCCUUGAGAAAAAUAACUGGAAAAUGUGAGUUGCAGAGAAUCUGCUACAGCAGAAAGCCUGGAGCUCAAAGAACACUGAAAAUAGAAUCAUCAUUGAAGUCCUCCAGAAAUGAAGUACUCCAGUCAGCUGUAUUUGCCCAAAUGGAUGAUAUAGAAAAGACUGUUGAUAACAUAAUGCAGCUGAAAAAGAUUAAUCCUGACACCAAUCCACAGUUUGGAAUUUCUCUGCAGGCCUGUCUCCUACAGAUUGUAGGAUAUACAAGAUUGAUUACAGAAGUGGAAAAACUCCGCAAAGAUCAAUAUGAUUCAGAAAAUCCACAUCAUGAAGAAAUGUUAAUGAAGCUGUGGACCUCCCUUCGUCCUGAUGUAACAUUGGAUGGUCGAAUUAGUAAGCAGUGGUGUGAAAUAGGUUUCCAAGGUGAUGACCCAAAGACGGACUUCAGAGGAAUGGGAAUGUUGGGGUUAUAUAAUUUGGUAUUUUUUGCAGAACAUGACAAUGUAACUGCUCGCCGAGUUCUCUUUGAUUCUCACCAGCCAAAGUAUAGGCAACUAACUAAAGAAGAUGUAAGCAAAUUGAAUAAAAAAGAGUUAGAAAAGAAAAAAAUUGAUCAAGCAAUUGGGUUUUCAUUUGCUAUAGUAGGAAUUAAUAUAACUGACCUUGCAUAUUCUCUGCUUAUAAGUGGAUCAUUGAAGACCCAUUUGUAUAAUGUUGCUCCUGAAUCACCAUCACUCUUUCACUUCCACAAAGUCUUCUGCUACCUGAUGCAUGAGUUUCAUAAAUUCUGGGUUGAAGAGGAUCCUCUUGAUAUAAUGGAAUUUAAUCGUGUUCGAGAGAAGUUCCACAAGCGGAUUAUAAAACAGCUUCAAAACCCAGACAUGACCUUGUGCCCCCAUUUUGCAGCUUCUGAGGGUCUAAUGAAUCUGUAAACCAUAUUCCCAUUCUCCAAUCACUGCCUCACUUCAUACUUGUCUGUGAGCUGAAUUUAAGAAACUGAAUUUAAAUCACAGUAUUGAUCAUGACCAGCAUAUCUGAUGACCAUGGUGACUGUAUGCAUGCUUUGUUUUAAGUAUAACAGUUCUCUAUUUGAAACAGUAAAAGUACUGCACAUGCUAUACAUUCACAUGAACAAUGGAGAUAUUUUCCAUAAACACUUGCUCAUAUUGUGGCAGCAUGGAGUGUUACAUUUUUAAUAAUUUGAAGAAAUGUUUUCAAUGUUUUCAUACAUUAUCUCUCAUAUGCUGCUUUUCUCCUAUUGUGCUUUAUAAUGUUGUGAUCAAUGAUUCUAUAUAGCCCUUUAGUUUAAAAAAAAUUCUUUCAUAAUUUGCAUAAAAUUACAAACAAUAUUUAUUGUAGAAGAAUAUACUGUAUUUUGAUCAAAGAAUUUUCAUAACCACACAAUAUCAUUUUCUGGGAUUUAGCUAUAAGGUAACUUUUAACUUCUCAGCAAAUAUUGUUCGGUGAGUUUAUUUAAAUUGUACUUCCAUUUCAGCACAAAUUAGAGCAAAUAUCUUGUGUUUUGACAGAUUUGCUUUGAAGGUUUGGAGGCAAAUAGCUUGGACUGUGUGUCAAAUGUCCAGAAGGUUAUUUGUUCCCAAAAGGAAAUGUGAUGUGCAGCUUGGCACAGUGUGCUAUUAAUAAUCUUGCUUAUUGAUUCAUAGAAUAGCUAUUGGAGCAUGUGAAGGUGCAGUAGAUUGCACACAUUUGGCUUUAAGUGCAUUUCUGGACCAAUAAACAGGUAUUUUGUGAAUUAUCACAUCAGUGCCAUAUCUAGUUUAAAAUACGUCUGAUUGAAAAGGGAUAAACUUUUUUUUAAGAUUUGUUAACCCUGCUAUGACAAUACAUAUAUACCGGUAUGAAUAUGAAAACAGAAAAAUAUGGUACUGUUUUACAAAACAACAGUUGGUGAAUCUAUACUUAAAAUAUUGUAGUUUAUUAAGUUUGUUAAAGGGGCAUCACCUAGAUGAAACGUAUUUAUUAACUGAAACAAAUAUAAAAAUUCAUAGUAUUUAAUUGCAACCCACUGCUUGUAUGUACAUCAUAUGAAAACUAUGUAUGUUUUUUUCUUAACCACCAAGCAAAUCUUUGAUCAAUUAAGCUGAUGUCCCUCAGAUUAGCUAUAACUUAGUUUUUAAGCAAGCUGUAUACCUGUCAUUUUACUUCUUCAUUGGUGAUAAUUCAAAAUGUAUCUUAAUGAAACAAAAUAUAAGAUUUUAAUGUAUAUAUUAUAAAUAUAUUAUUCCUUGAACUAAUGUCUCAUUUUCACCACCUCAGAAUUUGAAGUAAGAUUAUACUUGAGCAUACUAAAUUUCAAUGUUUUUAAUUCAAAUAUUAUAGUGCUGUUGUAACCGUAGGAUACGCCAGGUAUUGUUUAAAAUGAUUCUAAAUGUUUGAAGAUGUAACUUUUGAUACUGUAUUGCUAAUUAACCUCAAAACAUCCCAUUAAAAUAAAUCUCAAGGUAGCAUAUGGUGGCAUACACAUACUUUUAUAAUAAAUUUACUUUGAACUUUAAUGAUAAGAAUCAGUGUAUUUACUGUAUUUACUAUUCUUACUAACUUCAAGAAUACUCUGAUCAAACCAAAGUUUUAAUCAUGUAUAUUUUCACUAAUUAUCAAAUUUAUUUGCCUGCAGUCAAUACAUUUCAUAAUUUUUGCAAGUUAGCUACAGUAUGUUUACUGACCUAAAUUUAAUUUUUUCUCUCCUCUGUCAUGAGCAAAAUAUCUUAAAGGAUAAUUCCUAUAUGUAAUCUUUGUAAUAAGUAUUGAAUUUUCUUCAUGUUUUUUCACUUUUAGAUAUUUAGUUCACAUGUAUGGAAAACUGUGAGGUUAUUCAUUUUGGCAGGAAUAAUACAGAAGCAUAUGAUCCAGAAGGUGAGAGAUUGCAGAGCUCUGAAAGUCAACAGGAUCUGGGUGGCAUGGGGAGUGAUCCUCAAAAGGCUAAUAUGCUACCACAGUCAGUAAAUAGGAAAGCAUUUAGAAAUUUAUUGACAAAAAUAGAAUAUAAUGUUUGAGUUACAUGUUGCUUAGGUAGGAUCUCUUCUAAAUACAUCAUUGAUCUAUUAGGAAAGGACACAAACAUAGGUAACAGUUUGGUGAAGGUGUAAAGUUCAGUGGAGUCUUGAUAAAGUGGAUAUACCAAGGAUAUCUCAGCUCAGAUAUUUCUCCCAAUUCAUGUUAUGGAUUUUCAUUUAUUCUGCCAAGCUUUCAUCUUCCAGAUUUCCCCUUGAGAGGAAACUUUCCAUAUCUACCUAGUCGGAUGCAUUUGUCAGACCUUUACCCAUUCACUUAUUUGCAUCCCUUUGCAACUCCUCUGUGUUCUCGUCACAAGUUAUUUUCCUAACUUAGCAACUUUGUCUUCAUCCAAAUAAUUUAUAAAAAUUGUAAAAUGUAGAGGCCUGUGUACUAAUUCCUGUGGUACAUCGCUGUUAUAUCUUGCUAUCUAUAAUGGAUUCUUUGUUUUCUGUGUAAGUCAGCCAGACUUCUAUCCAUGCCAAUAUGUGAGCUUUUAAUUUCCACAGUAACUAUUAAUGUAUCCUCUUAUCAUAUGCCUUCGGAAAAUCUAAUUAUAAUAUUGGCACACUGGUUCCCCUUUAUCUAUAGUAUGUUUCUAAAAGGAAUUCCAAUAAUGUUAUCAAAUGUGAUCUCUCUUUCACAAAACCAUAUUUUUGUCUUAUUAGCUUGAAUUUUCCCAAGUGCCCUGCUAUAAUAUCUUUAAUAAAUUCUUCCAAUAUUUUCACCUAUGACAGAUGUUAAAUGGUCUGUAGUUUCCUACUUUAUUUCCCUUUUUUGAAUAGAUAAGUUAGUUAUUUUAUUUCAGUCUAAUGGAAUUAUCUCUGAAUCUAGAGAAUCUAGGAAAAUUAAAACCACUACUAUUUUUAAAAGUUUGGGAUAAAGUCCAUCGGCACUAGGCAGCUUGUCAGGCAACAACUGCGACAAUUUGCUCUGGAACACUUCCCUGGUGAUUGUAAUUUUCUAGAGUUUCUCCCUCUCUUUCAUUUCCUGAUUUACAGUUAUUCUAGAACAUUACCUGUAUCUCGUUUAGUGUAGACCGACAUAAAAUAUCUGUCUAAUUAAUUUACCAGCUCCUUGUUUUCUCUCAUUAAUUCCAAAAUUCACCUUUUAUUAGAACCAAUGUUCACUUCAUUAACUUAUUAUUCUACACUUAAAAUAACUAAUAAUAUAAAUUUAUUUUAAAUAAAUAUGCACAUGUAACUUAAAUAUUGGUUGUAACUCUCUAUAAUUUAAAAAGAAUACUGCUAUAGCUAAGAUGAUCCAAAACACUAGAACAGAGCCACAAAAGCUAACCUGCCAUCCACUCUCUUACGUUUGAACAAGGUUGCUGCAGAAUCUCUUUCUGAGCACUGUAUGUAGAAAAUGAUGGAAACAAAUUCCCGCAUAAAUUUAAUAUAAAAUUUUAUAUUUUAAAUGCUGUUGUGAUUGUUUUAGUUGGCAGAUUAUAUAGUUUAAUGCAGUAAAAGAUAAAGGCAUGAUGAAGUUAUGCCAUACAGGAACAAUGAAAAAACUGCAGAAGGCAAGGGAAACAUGAAAUUAAAAAUGAAUAAAAUCAUUGGUGUAAUCUUGACCUAAUCUUGUAACCAGCAAUGAACAAGGCACCAGUUUACAUUACACUCAAUAUUAUUGUUUGCUUUCAAUGGCAUAAAACUGAGUGAAGUGUAAUUGCACAAAUUUUCUAUUGUGAAGAUUGGUUUUAUUGUUCUUCUUCACAAUGGCAGAUGAGAAAUAUGUAGUUUAAAUUCAGUGUACCUCAAUACAGAGCCAGCUGGGCAAUUAUUUGAAGUCUAUUAUGAGAAUUCAAAAGAACUAACAAUAUAGAAGAAACAAUAUUUUUUAAAAGUUUCCUUUUCAGUAGAUGCUCCAUAAUUCUGUUAAUUUUUUUAUCAUUUUCUAGAUUUUUGGCAAAGAAGUGUUGAAUGAUGUAUUAACGAAUACAGUAUGUGUUUUUGAACAAUUAACAGGAUUGUCACUGGACAUGAUUAAAAUGCAUUUUUGUUAUGUUUAGUUCAUCAGCAGUUUUCUCUUGAAUAGCCUUUAGCUCAACUUGAACCAUGAAAUAUUUAAUGAGAGUAAUUUUGGAUGAUCAUGUUUGCCAAACUUCAAUAUUUGUAUAUAUUUAAGCAGAUUGUAUUCUUUAAACAAUUUGUUGAUCAUACUUGUAUAUUUUGCACUCAGCGCUCAAUUCUAAAGUGUUUAAAUCAAUAUGAUGUUUAAGUGUAUCUUUACUCUUGAAGUUCAUAAAGUAUUUUUAUUUAGUUAUGUGAAUAGUUGUGUAUGAAUUUGGAUUUCAAAAUGUGCAAUAGCUUGUUCUAAAUGCUUAGGAAUUUGUAACAGACAAAUCUGAACUUUAAUAAUGAAAAAUUUAAAAAGGUUCUUAUUCUGUUUUCCCCCAAUGGGAAGAGCAAGCUAUACCAAGUUGUAUCUAUAACAUGCUAUUUUCCAUGUAGAAUAAUCUAAAAUCCUUAGUUCAUUACUGAAAUAAAAGUACUACA